GGUCGCGGGGCCUUUGCGAAUAAUUCGUACUUGCGGAGAGAUUUGGGUUUGUCAGCGGCUCAGUUUUCGGAAGUUAAAUUUACGAAUCCAGUUCGUUGUUUUUAUGUAGCUUUUAAUGGAAACCCACGUCCUUUUACCGUCAUUGAGCCUAAAACCUUUUAAAUAUCGCAGUUUUUAAAGGGAGAAAAGACUGACGGCAUUAAAAAAAAAAACGUCCGAAAGACUUCAUACGACAGCAAGUUCAAACCGGAUCGUAUUUCUUUAAAAAUUAUUUUUGCUUUGAUAAAUAAUGUAUUAAAUAUGGUGUAGGCCACACUUUCGACUAGCUAAUUUGCAGUAGCUGUAUCGAUUUUUUUUAAAAAUUUUUUUAAUUUAAAAACGAAAAAGGGUGAAGUAGUUUUUCCAAAAAAAAAAAAACUAGAUUCUCGCAAUCUGCCGCUCCAUGGCCAGGCAGGGUCUGGGCUACACGGACUGGCCGUACGAGGUCGACAGCGCCCCAGGCUACAGCCAGUCCCAGGUGUUUGGGCACCAGCAGCAGCAGCAGCAGCAGCUGGGUCAGUUCCCGAGCGCCGUGCUGCAGGAGCCGAGCGCCUUCGUCCACAACGCGUUCGUCCCUCCGCAGCAGCUCCGCUUCCCGGCCCUCGGAGGAGACUACAGGCAGCCGGGCCCGGAGGUGAGCGAGCAGCAGGCCUACUCGGGUAACUGGUGCCAGGUGAUCGUGCCCGACUACGCGGGCCAAGUCCUGGGAGUCAACAUGACCCCCCAGACCCCCGGCCGCAGCCCCCUGGUGGCGAAGCCCGUGGAGCAGGUGACCGGCCAGGAAAUGAGGAGCGCGCACGACUUCGACGCGUUCGCCAGCGAGCAGAAGAUAAUGCAGCCGCAGCCGAGUCCGGGCCACCUGGUGCCACCGAGCGCGAGCGCGAUGCACCACGGUGUUUGCUACCCCCAGUGGAGCGCCUCGUCUUGCAACAUGUCCGGCGCUACCGCGACCCCGGCGCCCGGCGGCACCGUGUCCACCUGCUCCUCCAUCGUUCCCACCCAGGCGGCGCCCCCUCCCACCCAGAAACGCGGAGGUGGCCCGAAAGAAGCGUCGUACAGCCGCAAAACCAAGAGGGCCAGCGCAGCAGCCCCGGCGCCCGCGAGCGCUCGGACCCAGAGCGCUUGCAACCGACGCUCUUCACAGGGCGGCCGCGGCAACCCGGAGGUCGAGAACAUCUCGAUGGAGGAGCUGGAGGCGUUCGCGAAGUUGCUCAAGCAAAAGCGCGUCGCGCUCGGCUUCACCCAAGCGGACCUCGGCAUAUCCCUGGGGAAACUCUGUGGCGGGAGGGUGUUCAGCCAGACAACCAUCUGCCGCUUCGAGGCCCUCCAGCUGAGCUUCGGAAACAUGUGCGCGCUCCUGCCGGUGCUCAAGAGGUGGCUGGCAGAGGUGGAGGCGUCCGACAACCCGCAUGAGUUGCAGAAGCUCCAGGGGGUGGUCGUGAAUGUUGCCAAGAGGAAGAACAGGACCAGCCUGAGUGAUGAAACACGCCAGUCCUUGGAGAACUGGUACAGUGUGUGCCCCAGGCCCACUGCACAGCAGAUCACGCAGCUUUCCACCAGCCUGGAACUGCACAGAGAUGUGGUGCGCGUGUGGUUUUGUAACCGCCGGCAGAAGGGAAAGAGGCUGGAUGAGAACUCUGCUGAAGAGAAGAAUCAGCACUUGGCAUUCCAGUAUAUCCAGUGCCACCCACAGAUGCCCCAGUAUGUCGAACAUGACCAGCAGGGGCUCCACAUGCAGGGCAUGACUCUCCCUGCUCAGGGAUUCCCUGGCUCUGGUCAUCCAGUUCUCCCAGCAAUGUAUGUGCCUCCUUCCCAAAGCACUGAGGCAUACAAUCAAGUUUUGCCACAUGGGCUGCAUCAUUUCAGGGAUUAGAUGCUCCCCAACUGUGCCGUUUCCCUCUGGAGGUGAAGACCUGCUUCUGGAUGGAGUGAAAUGGGAGAGACGGGAAGUGAUUUCUGGCCGUGCGCUCACUGAGCGCGUUUGGAAGAUCCUUCCGACGGAUGUUGGUCGUGACCAAAGCGGAGGACUGAGCGUGAAACAUCUGCUCUGUUAACCCGCAUGGGGAAAGGCUGCACAAGGCCUACCUUGGCUGGGUUGUGGUUGAAACUGAGGUGAAGACAUUGCUUUUGCAAGAGCUGCGGGUGGAUUUUAAUCUUUGCCGCUCACGAGCUCCUGCGUUGCUUUCUGUAGCCGCCAUCUCUUAAAUCUCACUGGAGGCCAGGAGGAACUGGGACAUUUGAAAUCAUUACUUCUGACAAAAGCUUUGAUUUUUAAAGUCUUCCUUGGCUUUAAAUGAGGAAGAUCUCUGUAGUCAUACCUGAACUCAUUGCCUUCUGUUAAAAAAAAUUUUACUGUCCAUAAGUGACACAAAUGUAUAUAGUCAUACAUUAAAGCAUUGUCUCUAAAGUUCUGAUUUAAAAAA